GGCGGGCCGCAGAAGGGGAACAAUGGCGGCUGGGCCUGGUGUUGCUCUACAGAGCGGCAGUCCUGCUAGGGAACUUUCCAUUUCGGUCCAGCAGGGCUCAAGUCAGACUUUCGGAGACCGUAUUAAAACAGAGGAUGUAACAGAAGCGGAGAAGCAGAGUCGCAUGGCUGCUCUACUGGAGAGGCUUCAUGCUAAACACAACGCUUCGCGGCCAUGGGAGGGGACCAUCAAUGUUGUGCGUCAGGCAAUGGAGAAACGUGGUGUGAUGAACGAAGCAGGUCAUCAGCUCCUGCUCAACUGUUUGGAGACCCUGCAGAGAGCUUUGAAAGUCUCAUCUCUCCCCUCCAUGACAGAUCGCCUGGAGUCUAUCGCUCGACAAAACAUGUUGGGCUCUCACCUCAGUCCAACAAAAACAGAGUGCUACAUCACGUCGGACAUGUUUUAUGUGGAGGUGCAGCUGGAUACUGCCGGCCAGCUGGUGGACGUCAAGGUUGCUCACCAGGGGGAAAACCCAACGAGUUGUCCUGAACUUAUUCAACAUCUAAGUGAGAAGAACUUUGAAGCCUUUUCUAAACAUCUCAAGGGACUGGUUGAUUUAUACCGGCUUCCUGGUGACAAUAAACUGAAAACGAAGAUGUACAUAGCUCUGCAGUCCCUGGAGCUCGAUCUCACCAAGAUGAUGCACAUGUUUAGGUUAGCAACAAAUGCUAAUUCAGUUGAAACUAUUCUUCAUGGGAGUGUUGGCUGGCUGACUCCCAGGAGUGGUGGAAAUCUGGUGUCCCUACAGUGCUAUGUGUCCCCUUAUGACAUAUUUGAGGUGGAAACGGGCUCCCCGCUCAACUUAACAGACAACAAUGUUCCACGUUCCCUGGGUGUCAGCGUCUCUGUGACAAUCGAAGGAACUUCAGCUGUGUACAAGCUCCCAAUUGCUCCACUCAUCACCGGAUCCCACCCUGUUGAUAACAAAGGCACGCCGUCCUUUUCCACUGUGAGCAACUCCAACAGCGUGGACCUGCCGGCCUGUUUUUUCCUCAAGAUGAACCGCCCCAUGCCUUUCUCACUCUCCUUCAUUCAGAGGCUUGGCAAUGCUACUUCGAUCCCAGUGUUUGAGACGGCACCCAACGUCUCACCUCUGUACCAGCUAAUUGUCCAGAGUCAGCUGCAGCUUCUGGAGGAGGGCGGCUCUGUGCCGGCCACCUUGCAUAACAUGCAAUUUUAUUCUAUCUUACCAGACCAGCAUCACUGUUAUUUCCUAAACGGUGAUGCGCCAGUGCACGAUGGCCACUCGUUACAAGGAGCAAUGGUGUCCAAGAUCCCCUUUCGCCACCCAGCGCAGGUUCCACUCUUGCUGGAUAUCAUUCGCCACCAGGCAGCACACAACACCUUGAUUGGCAGCUGUGUCAAACGAACAUCUGUCAAAGAAGACAGUGCAGGUCUUCUGCAGUUUGAGGUCUGUCCUCUCACCGACUCAAGUUUUAGCGUCUCUUUCCAGCAUCCAGUCAAUGAAUCUUUAGUCUGUGUUGUGAUGGAGGUGAUUGACUCCAGACAGGUGUCCUGCCACCUUUAUAAAGGACCGUCGGAUGCUUUGAUCUGCACUGACGAAUUUAUUACUAAAGUGGUCACAAGAUGCAUGUCCAUUCCUGUUACCAUGCGGGCCAUUCGGAGGAAAGCCGAGACCAUCCAGGCAGACACUCCAGCCCUCUCACUAAUAGCGCAGACCGUGGAGACCAUGGUGAAGAACAAUCCUCCGCCCUCCGGUAGUCCUACCUACAAUAUGGUGGCAGGAGACGGCAUUAACCCAAUGGGACUACCCGGGCUUACCGGUGGCAACACUCCUCCUGGUGGAGGACCGCCCGGGGGACCUAACUUUGCGGGUCCGAUCACAACCAUCUAUGGAAUGUCCCGUGAAAGGCAGGGAGAGUGCCUGACCCCAGGAGUGGUUGCUGGCCAGCAGCAGCUGCAGCAGCAGCAGCAAGGCCAGGGCCAUUCAGACGACUACAGCAAAGUCACGCAGAACCCCAUUCUGACCAGUUUGUUGCAGAUAGCUGGAAAUGUUGGGUCCAGUCCCAGCUCCCAGAAUGCACCACAGCCCCAUCAAACCCCACCACCGACGUCAUCCCCUGCCAGCAACACGAAGAGUCACCCCAUGCUGAUGAACCUGUUGAAAGACAACCCCGCACAAGACUUUGCUGCGCUGUACAGCUCCAGUCCCUUAGAGCGUCAGAACUCUUCGUCUGGCUCUCCGCGAACAGACGGCAUGGGCGGUGCCUGUCCUGGCGGUAACACCAAGGGCAAGAAGAAGCGUCCCCGGGGUCCUGAAAAGGGCGGAGUGCUGCCUGGAGUGGGUGCGGGUGGUGGGGGCGGCGGCCUGGGCAUGAAACCCCAACAAGGAUCCUCCAUGCCGCAGCACCUCCAGCACCAUGUUGCUCACGAGGAUGAUUUUCACCGCAAGCUCCUCUCAAUGGAUGUGGACGCCUCCCAGAAUCCGAUAUUUGACGUGAACCUCCCUGGCGAUACUCUGGACACGCACCACAGCAUAACUCCAACACUUAGCCAGUGUGGGACGCCGCCUCCCGGCUCCGGCAUGGCUUACUCGCAGUCUCACGUCCAGUCCCAGCAGCAGCAGCCGGGUUCUGUGCCGCCUCGUAUCGUCCGUCUGCCCAGCUCUGACAGCAUCGGGCCCGAUAUCACAGAAAUCCUGCAGGACUUACCAGAGCAAACUGGGAAAGGUAGCGUUGGGAGCCACGGGCAGCCCGAAGACGGAGGUCCUCUGGGCACUCCCAUCCGCGACUCCUCCAGCUCGGGUCAGGGUAGCACGGUGUUCGAUUCUGCAGACAUUUUCAAUUCCAACAGCAACGAAAACCCGUUUACUGACGCGGCCGACCUGAUCGCGGAGGCAGCUGCGACUGCUGCCACUCCCAACAGUGACUCCUCCUCCAAUAACUUCUUUCCUGAUCCGUCCGACUUCAACGCAGACCUUUUGAACUCAGGCCACGCCUUCUCCCAAAGCUACUUUGAUGACAGCUCUCCAAGUGCUGAUGGAGACAUGGACUUGGUCAAGGGUUUUGGGGGAGGUAGCCAGCAGAACACUCCCACGGGGACUCCACAGAACCCUCCGCAUGGACAGAGCACUCCAGAGCCUUCGCUGAAGGACCCAUUUGAAAUGGGGAUAGUCUUUGGAGGCAACGGUGGCGGUGGUAAACCGCUUCUGGGCCAAGCGCCCGACUUGAUAGACACACACAGCGGAGGAUCCCAGAGCCCCCUUAUGAUGGGACUCGGCGCCGCUUGUUCGGAUUUUAAAAAUGCAGAACCAAAAGUCAAACAACAGGGACUCAUACGGCCGAAGGACGAGAACGGGGGAAAUGGCGGCAGCAGUUCUGGGAUGGGAAUUGGAGGCAGCUCAGCUGAGGGCAAACAGGUCAAACGGAGCAGGACGCCAUCCAGUGAAGGAAAGUCUAAAGAUAAGCCCCCCAAGCGCAAAAAGCUCGAUCCUGACGGGAAGUCUCCCUCUCACAGCUCAGGAGGGCGCCCCUACACGCCUCCUAGUGGCGGUUCGGGCUCCGGGGGUAGCAUGAGCGGCGGAGGGUCCAAGUCCCCCGGUAGUUCUGGACGCUCGCAAACUCCCCCGGGAGGCGCCACGCCCCCAAUCCCCAAAAUCACCAUCCAGAUCCCAAAAGGCACCAUCACUGGGGGGAAGACGUCCUCCCACGGCGGAUACACCUCCAGCAGCUCGGCGACGAGCAACACAGGCGGCGCGGGCGGGACGAGCAGCAGCAAGAGCCACCAUUCACACUCGUCCUCCUCCGGGAAGAUCAAGUCCAAAGACGGGUCCACGCAAGGCAGCAGCUCUAAGCCGGGGGGUUCGGGAGGCGGAGGUGGACAGUCACAGAUGAAAGGAUCCUCUCAAGGUAUGAGCGUCGGCAAACCAGGAUCGUCCCCGAUCACUAAACACGGUCUGUCUGGGCCCGGGGGUACUGGAGGUGGAAUGGGAAGUGGCAGUAAAAUAAAGCCUCAGGGAGGUAAACCUCCGGGCUCGCUUAUGAAUCCUAACAUAAAGCCUAACAUCUCACCUUCCCAUUCCCGCUCCAGUAGCUCUGGCGAUAAACUCUCCUCUCCAAUGAAAAUGCAGCAGUCCCAAGUUCCGGGAACUCCUCCAUCUUCCAAAGCUAAGUCUCCGAUCGGAUCGGGCAGUGGCAGCUCGGGAGGCUCCAAGUCCUCCUCCGGCGGAGGUUCCCAAAAACCAGGUGGUGGGGCCUCUUCUGGUUCUGCAUCUUCCUCCUCCAGCUCAUCAUCCGGCUUUUCUGGUGGGUCCCAGUCGCAGUACGGCAGCGGUGGAAGUGGAGGGGCAGGAGGUGGUAAUGGAAGCGAAGGAAACAGCGGAGGAAGUGGUGGAGGGGCGGGCCAGAACAGUGCAAAUAACCCCAACGCCAAAGGGAAGUCUCCCAGCAGAAACAAGAAGCCUUCUCUAACAGCGGUCAUAGACAAACUGAAGAGUGUGGGCGGCGGAGGAGUUGGGGAGGACGGUUGCGAGGUAGGGACCCCGGUUGGAGGUCCGGGCUCAGCGUCCACUCCUGGCGGUCCUGGAAAUGUUCCCAGCGGACCUUCAAACGUAGCUUCCUCUAAGCAUUCCUCUUCUUCCCAAAGCGGAGAAUAUAAGCGGGAAAAGUCCGACAAAGAGGGGAAAUCCAAAGUGAUGGUUUCAGGGGUCGGCAGUGGAGACAAAAAAAUGAUGGACCCAAAAAGUAGCGGUUCAGGCGGGACCACUCUGGCCAAAAUUAUCAUCAGCAAACCAGACGGGGGCUCGCCAAGCAUCAAGGCCAAAGUGACGCUUCAGAAAACCGGGGAAGGGUCCGGAGAGUCUAUGCGUCCACAAAUCUCCAGCCUCAAAGCGUCCCCCCUGUUCAGUGGCUCCACCCCGAAGCACGACCGCUCGUCGCCCAGCCACAGCCGCUCGCCGGGAUACACCCCCCUCAACCACGACAGCGAGAGCGAAUCGGGGAGCAGCUCGGUGGCCGAGAAAUCCCACCAGAACAGCCCCAGCUCGGACGACGACCAGACGGUGCGCCCCCUGCCACCCCAGGACUACAUGAGCUCCAUCCCCCUCAGCUCGGGCGAGAAACACAAGAAGCACAAGAAGGAGAAGAAGAAGUUGAAGGACAAGGAGCGAGAGAGGGACAGAGACCGAGAGAGGGACAGGGAGAAGGAGAAGAAGAAGUCCUCCAUGUCCAUGGGGUCUUCUUCCCACUCAGCAAAGGCAGACAGUUGGUCCCGGUCUCCCAUCUCAGCCUCAGACUCGUCGCUCUCCAUGCUCGGCUCAGAUCGUCCGUCACGCUCCAGUCCAAUGUACAUAGGAAACGAAGACGAUGACCUUAUGGACUCCGCCCUCACGGGCGACUUUUAAAUCUGAUUUUACCUAAACCUGAGGGUUUUUUACCGUAUUUUUCAGCCUAUAAAGCACACUUAAAAUCUUUAA